AUGUCAAGGCACAGCUCCAUAGAUGCUUUGAGAGAGAGGUAUCAACGAUCCCGCAUUCAACCUCAACAGCAAAAUGACAAUUUAUUGGGUGAUGACACAAAGCCUUCUUCUAUCAAUUCACCUGUCGCAACUGUCUAUGAAGAAGAGGAAGAAGAAGAAGAAGAGGAAGAGCUAGAAGACGACGAGGUCUACAUUGAAGACGAUGAUUAUUCCAUGUAUUCAUCGUCGUCCAGCAUUCCAGAUGAAAACAUCAACUUUGAUCUGGUUUAUGCAUUGCAUACGUUUGUUGCAACAGUAGACGGCCAGGCAUCCGUUGUCAAAGGAGAUGCAAUGACCCUGCUGGAUGACUCCAAUUCAUACUGGUGGUUGAUCAGAGCACUCAAAGCUUCCGAAGUCGGCUAUAUCCCAGCAGAGAAUAUUGAAACACCAUUUGAAAGGCUGGCUCGGCUCAAUAAGCACAGAAAUGUCGAGGUAACCUCGCUUGAUCAAUUACAACACUAUAAAAACACUGCAUCACCUAAAAGGUCCCACGAAAGAAAAAAGGUCCAGGUUUCAAAAGCACUCGCAUGUCAGGUACAGAUCAUUUUAACAGAUCAGGAUGACGAGAGCCUUUAUGAAGAGACAUUCGAGAAAUGGCAGGAGGAAAUGUCUGCUGAAUCUUACAAAGGCGUCAGCACCGUCGUCGAUGAUGACAGCGAUGAAGAUGAUAGUGAAGACGAUGAGGACAACGACAAGGCCAAACCAGCAAAUGCCAGCAAAAAGGACAACAAAAAGAAAUUCACUCCUUUAUUGAAUCCUGACUUUAAUAGAUCAAUACACACUGUUACAGAAAAAGCUCCUUCUUUGAGCUCGAGUGAUGUUGAUAACAGUGCAUCUUCUCCUGUCGCUACAUCUCCUCCAGCCCCUCCUGUUCAUGAUAAACUACUACCACUCACUAUGAUCACAUCAAUGGAACCUACGCCUGCGGAGAAACUGUAUGCCACGACCAUCCCCGAGGAGCAACCAGUAAUACCAUCCACACCACAACAAGCUGUUGUCACAGGCCUGAAACGACUACUAUCUAUUGGUAAAAAGAACAAGCCUGCUACGCCCGAAGUCUCCAUGUCAAAUUCUGACAUUGUGCAAGAUACACAGUAUCACGUAUUGCGCAUUUUCGCUGGCAACAUUAAUGUGGGUGCCUUGUUCAGCACGGUUGCAGUGACACCAGAAAUGAAUGCCGAUCAAUUAUUGAAAUUAGCAUUGCAAAAAUUUCAUAUCCCAUUAUUGGAUAGCAACUCCAACAAAUCCAACGAUGGUAUAGAGUACUAUUUAACUGUCAAAUCAAUGGAUAGUGAUGAAAUCACCCUCACACCGCAGGAUAAGCCAUUAGCCAUCUUUGAAUCACUGAACGACCACUUGACUACACCCAUGCCAUCGCUGACGUACAUCAAGCGACUUUCUAUGGAGCAGCCUACAAUCAAAGUAACUCGUGUUGGUGUAUCCAAAGCGAGACAACGUGCCAAAGCUCGUUUUGGCGAGGACUCAGUGAUUCGCUUCUCGUUGCACAAGAGAAUCAAGAGGACGAUUGAAACCAGUGGCCAAAUCUACGUCAAAAUAUCAUAUUAUGCAGAAAAUAAAAAGCACCAUCAUCAUCACUCAGUGGGUCAAUCAGAGAAUAAAAAUAAGAUGUCUACUAUGGGCUUAAUACGAAAAAGCAGCCUGCUGAGAGUGGAUCAGCAAGUACAACAGCAACAGCAGCAACAAGCAAUGCAACAGAAUGCCAAUAAACAGGAGAGAAUUGACAAACUGGUGGCCGUUUCCAUAGCAACGCAGAUUUCAGGCCUGAAGAUCACCGCCUUGGAGAAGUUCCAUUUGAUCAAUCAAGAUGCUUCGCAAUAUUUUAUGUCCCUUUCUGUGAAUGGCCAUGAAACGCCGUUGAAUCCAACUUGUACCAUCUCAGACGCACUUGGUGAUCCUGGCCUUAUACCCAAACUAUUCGUCUUGCGUAAGCGAUCCAGUCCCAGUGAUGUAGUGGCACAGAACCCAAGCACAUUAGAUGCAGCAGAAUCCACAAAUAAUCGCAGAUUCAUGAGGUUUCUAAAGCAAGACAAGGACGCUGUAGCAUCAUCAUCAUCUACUUCAUCCGUGGAUUCAUUUCAAUCAAAGGAAUCAACUACAGGUACGGUUUUGCGACGAUUAGAUCAAGCUAUCCAGUCUCUGGAGAAUGAUAAACGUCAAUUAUCGAAUACACCACUGCAACAACAGCAACAACAACAGCAACAGCAAACAAUGAGAAUACUGCCUGCGCGAUCCAACAGUUUAUCCGCAAUGAGUAGCUACAGCAAAAGAACAAACACGACUAGUAACCACAUACCCAAGACAAAGAUAGAACCAUCCAUGACACCUACUCAGCAAUUCAGCAUUGACAGCCGUAAAUUGCCUACUCGUUCAUCUUCUCUCAAGAUCAAUGGCGAUGCCUUUGAUAAUCCGCAUAAACAAAGUCUGUCGAAUAUGGAUGAUCUGCAGCUUGAAUUGAGUCGUAUUGCAUCGUCUCAUCAAAAUCAUCCAUCUCACCCCAAGAGUAGUGCUGGCAUGUCUUCGACCCGAGAAAUGUAA